GGCGGAGCCGCCGCCCUGCCGCGACUUUCGGACUCGGACCAUGGCCUCGCGCUGGUGGCGGUGGCGGCGCGGCUGCUCCUGGAGGCCCGCGGGGCGCAGCUCCGGGCCGGGCUCCCCAGGCGGUGUGGGGCCGCGCGCCGCCGCCGACGCCCGCGCGCAGAUGCCCUAUUUUCAUUUUGUGAAGCGUUUAACAUCCGCAUUUCCAAAUGUAUAUAGUAUAUCACGGUUUCAUCACACAACACCGGCAGCGUGCUGUCACAGCAAAACACGGAGUGGCGAGAAAUACACCGAUCCUUUUAAACUGGGCUGGAGAGACUUGAAAGGUCUGUAUGAGGACAUAAGAAAGGAACUGCUCAUAUCUACGACGGAACUUAAGGAAAUGUCUGAGUACUACUUUGAUGGGAAAGGAAAAGCCUUUCGACCAAUUAUCGUGGUGCUAAUGGCCCGAGCGUGUAAUAUUCACCAUAAUAACUCCCGAGAUGUGCAAGCCAGCCAGCGCUCCAUAGCCUUAAUUGCAGAAAUGAUCCACACCGCUAGUCUGGUUCACGAUGACGUUAUUGACGAUGCAAGUUCUCGAAGAGGAAAACACACAGUUAAUAAGAUCUGGGGUGAAAAGAAGGCUGUUCUUGCUGGAGAUCUAAUUCUUUCUGCAGCAUCUAUAGCUCUGGCACGAAUCGGAAAUACAACUGUCAUAUCUAUUUUAACCCAAGUUAUUGAAGAUUUGGUGCGUGGUGAAUUUCUUCAGCUAGGGUCAAAACAAAAUGAAGAUGAAAGAUUUGCACACUACCUUGAAAAGACCUUCAAGAAGACUGCAAGUCUGAUAGCCAACAGUUGUAAAGCAGUCUCCAUUCUGGGAUGCCCUGACCCAGUGGUGCACGAGAUUGCCUAUCAGUAUGGAAAAAAUGUGGGAAUAGCUUUUCAGCUAAUAGACGAUGUAUUGGACUUCACCUCGUGUUCUGACCAGAUGGGCAAACCAACAUCCGCUGAUCUGAAGCUAGGGCUGGCCACCGGCCCUGUCCUGUUUGCUUCGCAGCAGUUUCCAGAAAUGAAUGCUAUGAUAAUGAGACGGUUCAAUCUGCCGGGAGAUGUGGACAGAGCUCGACAGUAUGUAUUACAGAGUGACGGUGUGCAGCAAACAACCUACCUCGCCCAGCGGUACUGCCACGAAGCAAUAAAAGAGAUCAGUAAACUUCGACCAUCCCCAGAAAGAGAUGCCCUCAUUCAACUUUCAGAAAUCGUACUCACAAGAGAUAAAUGACAAUUCUUUCUGUUCUUUCUGGCAGCUAUUUUACCAGACUGUGCCUAAAGAAUUUUGUGGAAUACACUUUGCUUCAUGUGCACAUAACCAAAAAUCAUUUUAAAAAAUAAUACCAACCUUAUUGAUGGGCAAUUUUUUUUAUUGGCAGUGUUUUUUCAGAAAACUUUUUAAAUGUCAUUAAGCCAUCUGAAUCUGUCAUUCUAGUCCUAUAAAUUUGAAUCGAGGUAUCUUGAUGGUUAUAUGUGGUAUUGUUUACACUGUUAAUAUCCACAUGUAAAGCCAUUACACAAAUAAAUAAUCAAUGAUCAAUGUUAAAAUUCAAAUGGUUUGUCUUAUUUCACCAUAGGAGUAAAGAUCAGAAAAUUGUGAAGUCUGCAUUUAAGUCCACAUUAGUUAUAUUUUAACAGUAUCCAAAAUUCCAUAUAGGAGAAUGGUUUAUUAUAAAAGACUGUACAUAAAAUUUAGACAACAGGUUAUAUACAAAUUAAGAGAACAUUCCACUUAAAAAAUGAGAAGUAGAAGGUAGCUAGCUGAUCACUAAUGAUACUUGGUUUAAAAUUAACAAAGGCAAAAUGCAUACGAAACAGUCACAUUGAUUUGGUAGCAAUAAUGUUCUUUAAUUUUCAGAAAUAAAUGUUUUGUACUAGUCUUACCAUUCACUAUGCUGUUAUAAGUCUGUAACGUCCAGUACAUAACUGUAAUUUGAAAUCCAAACAAAUCCUCAAUACACAGAAACCCACACUUGAGUGCUCUACUUUAAUAUCCUAAGCAAUACAGAAUUAUACACAAGAGAAAACAUCCUGCUAACCUUCCCUUAAAUUAAGAGGAGACACACAAAGUGCAUGUAUUGCAUUUCAAUUAUGUCAAAAGAUAAUACAGAUCUGUUGGAUAGGUAUAUAUCUCUGUUCACUGAUUAAUACAUGACCCACCUUUUCCCCCAAUUAUUUUAAAAUCUUAAUGUUGCUAGUGCCAGGUAGCCUAUUCACAAAUUGAUUGCAUCCACUUUUACAAUAUGUAAAAGAUACUUAAAAUUUCAUUGAACCAGUGUACAAAAGUCCACUGUAAAACUGAAGGACUGAGAUGGCAGUCCUUAAGAAUUUUACCUACAGAAUGAAUGUGAACACUUUGACACAUAUUCGUAGCUUCAAAAGUUACUUUUAAAAAGGAAUUCAGUAGAUUGACUUCUAAAUAACCGUCUCGGAUUUUGAAUCUGCAAAAAUCCAUCACGCUGUUGGGACAGACUUGAGAUAAGGCUAAAAUUUUUUUCCAAGUUCAUAUACUGAGAAAAUAGAACCAUAAUUCUGCAAUAAAUCAUUAUCUUUUAUUAUUUUUUUAAAAGCAAACCAGUGAAGGAAAGGACAAAAACCUUUGGUUCACCUAAGUAUUUAUGAAUGGAAAAAAUUUAUAAUGCAAAUUUCACUCAUUAAAAAAAACUUAGUACAAAUUACACCAUUACAGAUAACCCCCUUUUUGUUUCUUUUGUUCCACAUGGAGACCCUGGAGACUCACUUCAUUUCAAGAGACCUAAAUAUGAGUACUCCAGGUAAAUAUUACACAAAUUGGAAGCAUCUUGGAAUUUUUAAGUAUAUUUCAAUACAUAAAUUUUUAUGCAUGCUUUAAACAAACAGUAUUUUUAAAUGAGAGAAUCUAAACAAAAACUAUGACCAGCACCAGCAUUUAAGUUUUCUGAUUUUAAUAUUAGUCUGACAUAGCGUUAGUAACCAUGCUGCACUGAAACAUGUAAUGGUACAAUCUGAAUCAUGAUUCGUUAAAUAUUAAACCCCACUUCCCCAGAAUAUUUAGGCUGGUCAUAAAGUUAAAAAUGUGUAAGUACAUAAGCAUAAUCAGUUACGGACAGCCGUUUGUAGAAAUUGCUAUUUAGCAAUACACAAACUGUCUCAAAGAUAUAUGCUUAUAGGUAGACAUUCAAUUAUACCAAUAAAACAGCAUUUCCUGAAAAUAUGGGCACAUUUUAAAACAUAUUAAGACAAUUCUGUUAACCAUAAUAGUCCCACAAUAUGACUGAGUAAUAACAAGAACCUACUU